UUGAAUUCGAAAGGGAAAAUGAAAAAGGAGACACGGAGUACUUACCUGGUGGGUCUGAUAAUUUUGAUCUCGCUCAGAUAAGCCAAUCAGGGAGCAGCAUUUCUAUAUAUGAUACGUCUCCUUACGGAACUCUACGAAAUUCUUCUACAUCAUCAGUUUCCUUCUUUGAUAGUUACUAUUACGACGAAUUUUUCACACAAGAUGAACGACGUGAAACUGCCGUUCUCAAUAUCGAUAUUGAUACUGUAAUUAACGCAGAGACAAGAUCAACUGAGCGCUCUGAAAGCUUGUUCAGACGAAUUUUGCAGUUCAUGGUGAGAUGCUUCAAUUACAUAUUUUUCCCCUUCGUGCAAGAUUGCUGCAAUAGCGCUUCAGAUAACGGUGAGAUUCUAAAUACUCAUUUCGAAGGUUCUACGUCUACUACCAACAGCUUCUCAAUGUUGGAUGAAUGCGAAUUUGGAAAUUACCGGUUGCAGCUAGCCGCUCAGGGAGACGCCGCAGACACCGACGAAGCUCUGAGACGCUGCAAUUGCACUACUACAUCCUACACAACACAUCUUAUCGUCAAUCGCAAACUCAUUACUCUCCUCUUCACGGUCAUUGCAGUCUUUGUCAUCAUUUUCUACCAAGCACAGAUUUGAUGAAUAUCGACUUGGAAUGGGAAGAGAAUGGACAGUAAUGAUUCUACAAUACGGAGUGCUCUUGUUUAAAUCAUACAACAGAAGCCAAAUUUAUUCAUGGAUACCAAAUCAUCUUGGAAAUAGAGCCUUCAGUGAUUCGAUAAGGUCGAGACAGAUCUGCGCUGAGAAAAAUAACCAAAUUAAUAACUAAAUCUAAUGGAAAAUUGAAACAAUAUAAAAACUUUUAGUACCCUUUAAUUAAAAACUUUAAAAUAUUUUAAUGACUAUAGUUUCGACCUUGGGUCAUUUUCAAGUUAAAAUUUAAAAAAUAAGCAAAUUGAUACUAGAUAAUAUGAACAUAUGCUUGAUAUUUGGAUAUAUUUAGGAAUAAUAAUUAUCUUUUUUAAACAUAUAUUAUUAAAUUACCUAUAAUAUAUCUCCUUUGACCUUAGCAAUCUUCAAUGAAAUAUAGGGCCUAUUUACAUUUUUUAAGCAAUAGUGUUGAUUAGCCAUUUCAUAAAAUCACUUUGCUUAUAUGGGCUACUUGAUUCAAAUAAAUACAAUGUAAAAACUUCUGGUAACCCUCUAUCAAAAACUUUAAAACUUUUUUUCUAAAUUUAAUAAUAUUCUCUCAAUUUCUCAAAAGAUAAGAUACAGAAUUAUACACAGCAUAUAUUACAGCGCCUAUAUUACAGCAUAUUCCUCUCAUGAAGAGUGAUUAAAGUGGAAUAAGGAAAUGAGAAAGAUACUUGAUUCUUUUUUAUGAAUAAUUCUUCACAAGCUUAAGUUUUUGAAUAUAUUACAGUGUACUUUGAAGCAAUAAUGUAACAAGAAUAAUAUUGAUAAGGUUGAGUUAGGUUUUUAGGUGUAAUAGAAUUAGGUUUGGUCAUGAUUAUAAUGAAAUGUAGUAGGCUUAUGAUUCACAUGAAUAUAAUGAAAAAAGUAAUGAUUUCUUAUCAAUAAUAAGUAUGAGCGCGUACCAUGAGUAUCAGUCAGAAAUGUAGUAGGCUAUUCUAUAUGCCACCUUUAUAUGUCUCUGUAGGUCAGUAUCAGUACCUAUUCUAUACUUAUAUGCUCAUAGUAUUUCUAUUUUGAUGCUUAGAGU